CUGCAAUUGGUCAACAGCCGGUACCGGCUUGUCUGAAGCGGAACCGGGAUGUUUGGAUCGGCCCGCGAAUCCGACGUCAAAGUCAUCUACGUCAAGACAGCUUUCCGGGCAGGAUACCCCGACACACACCCGCGCAGCACCAUGGGUACUCGAGUCCGAGAAUCACAGUCCUUCUGCGAAGGUGACAUCUCCGUGGAGAUCUCUUCUGUCGUGGCGCCGAAUGCCAACGAGCCGAUCAUCACUAAGCGCCGCGUGUCGGCUUUCACCGCGACGGAUCUGGACCUUGUGCUUCGCUGUCUGGGAGCGCAGCAUUUGGUCGUCGUCGGGCUGAUCACCAGCGGUGCGGUGCUGUCGACUGUUAGGCAGGCUGCUGAUCUGGACUACCAGUUGACUGUGCUGGAGGAUCUGUGCAUGGACAGAGACCAGGAAGUUCAUGACAUUCUGAUGAAAAAGGUGUUGUCGAGACAGGCGCGGGUUGUUUCCUCUGCAGAGUGGUUGGCGGACACUUGAUUGAUGAUGAAUCCGGCGACAGACAGGGCGACAGAGCGACAAAAUGUCCAGUGCCAAGCUAGGGAGUCUUGCUCUAGUGAAGGCAAAAUAAGAUGGCGGGAAAGGAAUUCAUCGGGCCCAGUCGAGUGAACUCGUCGCCGUCUUGCGGUGAUCGAGUUUGAGGCCGCUACAAAUUUGUACACAGAUUGAUUUUAUCACAAUCAACGGAUUCACGCAGUCAAGGACUAGAUCCAGAAGUUUCUGUUGAAUCUUAC